AUGGAUAUAUUAGAAACUGAGGAAGACACUUUUAGUGAGUUAGCUCGUCUCUCUGACCCUGAGUAUUCUGAAGACAAGUCAGAUAGUGAAAGUGAAAAAGACUUUUUGGAAGAAGAUGAUGUUCAGUCAGACCUUCAUUCACCUGAUGAAUCUGAGGAUGAGUUUGUCUUCAGUAGAAGUGAUUUAGAAGAGGAAGAAGAAGCAGAAACCACAACACAUCAUACAAGGAAACGGCCUAGACAAGAGGAAGCAACACAAGAAUUUCAAGUUCAUGGAGAUAAAGAAGACCAGGAAGAUGAAGAGGAGGCUGGUAUGGAAUCAGGUGAUGAUGAAGUUGAACAAACACUCCUCAAAAAUGUAAUCCAAGUGAAAAAGAAAGUACUAUGGGGUGAAAAUAAAUACUGUUGGGCAACAAAGCAUGCUGAGCGAGUUGGAAGAACACCAAGAAGGAACAUAGUCUUACUAAAGCCUUCUCCCAAAGGAGCUGCAAAGGGUGAAACAAAUCCUGCACAGGUUUUUGGCCUAUACAUAGAUGAGAGCAUGAUUAAUAGCAUAGUUAAUUUCACUAAUCAAGAAAUUGCUGUGCUGAAAAUAAAUUACAAAAACCAGAGUUGCAUUGGUGAGACAUCAUUCAAUGAAAUCAAAGCUUUAAUUGCGCUUCUAAUCUACUUUGGUGCCCAAAAGCAAAAUCAUAUGAGAUCUGAACUACUUUGGCAUGAAUCAAGAGAUUUGAGAAUUACAAGAUCUAUUAUGCCACACCGAAGAUUUGAGUUCCUAAUCAAUUGUCUAAGAUUUGACCAAAAAGACACUCGACCUGCUAGGAAGGAGACAGAUCCCUUUGCUGCCAUUCGUGAUUUAUGGGAAAAUUUCAAUCAACACUGCCAGGAACUGUACACCCCACAAGCAUACUGCACAAUUGAUGAACAACUCUUGGGAUUCAGUGGAAAAUGCCCCUUCAGGAUGUACACACCCAAUAAGCCUGCAAAGUAUGGUAUUAAGAUUGUGAUGAUGUGCAGCUCAAAUGGCUAUCUGAUGAAUGCAAUACCAUACAUUGAGAAGAAGUUGAACACUGAAGGAAAACAUCAAGCCUCAUUCUUUGUGGAGAAAUUGUCUCAACCAAUUCAUGAUACUAAUAGAAAUAUAACAGAUGACAACUGGUUUUCUUCAGUGCCUCUAUUCAAUGACAUGUUGAAAAACCACAAGCUCACAAUGGUUGGGACUUUGUGCAAGAAUAAACGUGAGAUUCCACCUGAAGUACUGAAAAAUAGACCAGCUGAAACAUCACUUUUUCUAUAUGACAGGGAGCUGACUAUGGUGUCUUAUGCAGCCAAGAAAAAUAAGACGGUCAUUCUCCUCUCCAAUAUGCACCAAGGCUGUACCUUCAAGAAAGACACCAACUUGCCUGAGAUCAUCCACUUUUACAACUGCACAAAAGGUGGAGUAGACAUUUUCGACCAAAUGUCUGCUCAAUACUCCUGCUCUAGAAAGACAAGAAGGUGGCCACUUUGCAUAUUCUAUGGACUACUGAACAGUGCUGGAGUGAACUCAUACAUCAUCUACAAAGACAACAUGCUCUCUGCUAACCAGACACCAAUACCAAGACUAGAUUUCCUUUUCAUGCUAGCAGAGGACCUCAUGAAGCCGUGGAUGCAAGAAAGACUCAACAACAUGGCAAUUCGAAAAAGUAUAAGGAGUGCUAUAGCAAGCCAGCUGGGUGUCAAGGUGCCAGUGCCGCCACCAGGAGCAGUCAAACCAAGGGCCCAAAGGUGCAGCAUUUGUCCACGGAGCAAAGAUACAAAAACCACAAUUUUGUGUGCUGACUGUAACCAGUUCUCUUGCAAGAACCACGUGAAAACUGUUUUUGUCAAUUGUAGUGAAGAAAACUAG